AUGGGGGCGAGCAAGAGGAGCCGCGGCGUCGCCAACGGGGCAGCCAAGGGAGUGUCCAACGGGACAGCCAAGGGAGUGUCCAACGGGACAGCCAAGGGAGUGUCCAAUGGGGCAGCGAAGACCGUGGCCGUCGAGAAUGCCGCCGACCAGCCCCGCAAGUUUUUCGACCCCAUGGCCGUCACCUGGAUGGAGAAGUACAACGCGCCCAUGGAGAAGAUUUGGAGCCGCCUUCCAUCCUUCGUCCGCUCCACCAUCGUCACGCUCGCCGUAUUUAUCCUCGGAGCCACAAUGAGAGGUGAGUGGCUGCUGACGGCCGUGCACACGGCGCGCUACCUGGGCUGGGAGCUGGGCGACCGCUCCGAGGGCUGGGACUUCUCGUGGCAGAACCUCAGCCUGGAGGCGCUGCGCCUCAAGAACCUUCGCGUCUACUGGAUGGUCGCCUCAUUCGUCUCCUACUUCAUGUACUUCAGCAUUGGCGGUUUCCUACACUGGUACUUCUACGUGCGGCAGCGCGACCGCCCCGAGGAGUGGAAGUGCCAGCCCACCAAGUUCCUGUCGCCGGAGCUGGAGCGCCACGAGAUCCUCGUGGGCUCCUUCAGCCUGCUCAUCACCAGCUCCUUCACGGCCACGCUCGCCUGCUACAUCAGCAACGGCGGCUGGAGCAGAGUCUACUACGAGUUCGACGAAUACGGCUGGACCUGGUGGUUCCUGCAAUGGGCGGUUAUAUUCAUCUACCAGGACUACGCGACCUACUGGCUGCACCGCAUCUACCACACGCCGUUCCUUUACAAGCAUUUCCACAAGCUGCACCACAAGUACAAGCAACCGACGGCCUUCUCCGUGACAGCCAUCCACCCAGUGGAGAUCAUGCACAUCCAGAUUACGCUGUGUCUGCCGCUCUUCGUCAUCCCCUGCCACUUCGUCCCCUUCUGUGGCGUGGCGCUCUACACGUACUACCACGGCAUAAUCGAUCACUCUGGCAUCAACUUCAAGGCAUACUGGUGGCAGCCCUGGCAGCCAGACGCUAUCUUCCACGACAACCACCACCAGUACUUCCACGUCAACUUUGCCUUCAACAUAUACAUUUGGGACAAGCUGCACGGAACGUACCGGCAGAAGGACCGGCUGUACACGGAAGACACGUUCUACGGCCGUGGCAAGGCGCUGUCGGAGGCUACAGAAGAAGAGCGCCAGCAGGACCUCACUGAACGGCUGUCUGAGAACCCGCGCGCCUACCGUAGUGGCACACUCGAGUACAAGUUGGAAGGGGCCGAAGCCGCGACUCGCAAGCGGGCGGCCGCCCACUGA